AUGUCACCAAAGGAUUCGACACCUCUAGAUACAGACGGGAGUACCCACGAUAUAUCAACCGCACCCACAACACCUGAUGGCAGUCUUACUUUCAGUCCCAUUUUACAAGCUUUGAAUUUAGACGAUGGUAUCGUAUUCGAUAAUUCUCUUAGAAAUGAGAAUUCGACGCAUCGUCUUGUACAAAAUGUAUGUUGUGUAGGUGCGGGGUAUGUUGGCGGCCCAACAGCAGCUAUGCUCGCGCUUCAGAAUCCACAAAUAAAAUUCACGGUUGUCGAUAAAGAUACUUCUCGCAUAAGUCAAUGGAAUUCAAAACACUUACCAAUCCACGAACCGGGUCUACUAGAGAUCAUCCGUAUAUGUCGUGAUGGGUCGAGAGCGUUCUCGCUUUCCAAUGAUCCGUCGACUGAAAAUGCUGAAUCAUCAUCUGAGGAUGUAUCCGAACAUACUGAUUAUAUUCACAUUCCAGCGCGAUCACCAAAUCUAUUCUUCUCUGACAAUAUCGAAGAAUGUCUAGGCGAAGCAGAUAUGAUAAUGAUCGCUGUCAAUACACCUACAAAGACUUAUGGAAUAGGUUCUGGAAAAGCAACAGAUAUGACAGCCGUAGAAUCAGUUGUGCAAGAUAUUGGAAAAUAUGCAAAAUCUGGAGCUAUUAUCGUAGAGAAAAGUACCGUGCCAGGUCGAACUGGUGAAUUUAUCAAAGAUAUCCUAGCAAUUCUCCGUCCUAAUGAAAUAUUCUCGAUCCUCUCAUCUCCCGAAUUCCUAUCCGCAGGUUCUGCUGUUCAAGAUCUCUUACAUCCAGAUCGUAUUCUCAUUGGUUCUUCUCGCUCCCGCACCUCCACUCUUGCAGCCCACUCCCUCGCUUCCCUCUACCACUGGAUUCCUUCUCGAAAACUAAUCCACACCUCCACUGCCUCUUCUGAACUAUCGAAACUAGUUUCCAACGCCAUGUUAGCACAGCGAAUAAGUUCCAUCAAUAGUAUUUCCGCGAUUUGCGAAGCUAUCAGUGCGGAUAUUGAUGAAGUAUCUGUAGCUGUAGGUCUAGAUUCUCGGAUUGGGAAUAAAUAUCUAAAAGCGGGGAUUGGAUUCGGGGGGAGUUGUUUUGGGAAGGAUAUUAAAUCUUUGAUUUAUCUAGCUGAGGAAUUGGGGUUGGAUGAAGUAGUGGAAUAUUGGGAGAGUGUGUUAGUGGUUAAUGAGUGGCAGAGGAGGAGAUGGGUGGAGAAUAUUGUAAAGAAGAUGGGUGGUGGAUUGAGGGGAAAGAAGGUAGUGGUGUUGGGGUAUACUUUUAAGCGGGGAACUGGGGAUGUGAGGGAGAGUUUGGCGAGGGAAGUAAUUAGGAUGUUGGGUGAGGAGAAACCGGGGGAGAUUGUGGUUUGGGAUGAUGGGUGUGAUCGGGAUGUGUUGAAGGAGGAGGUAAAGGGCGUAGCGAGUGUGAGGGUAGAGGAGGACCUGUAUAUUGCUUGUGAAAGGGCAGACUCGCUUCUUAUCUGUAGAGAGCUGGAAAAUUCUACAAAGGGAAAAAGUGAGGAAUUAGUUGACCCGAGACCAUUUUUCGGGCGUCCUUCGGCAAUGGAUUUGUCAGACUUGAGAAGACAUUUAUCAUCGCAAUCUUGCGCAGAGGUAGAAACAGAUGAUCCACUAGGAAGGCUAUAUCCCGAGCCACCUUGUGAAGAAGGUUGCACGAAAUGCGAGUGUGGCAAAAACACAAGUGUGAGAGAGGAGCAGGUCAUUGACUGGAAAAGAAUAGUCAAGGGGAUGAAAGCACCAAGAUGGAUAUUCGAUGGAAGGGGUGUUGUUGAUAGGAUUGAAUUGGAAAAGAUUGGAAAAAGUGUGGGUGUAGAGGUUAGAGUUGUGGGAGUGGGGAUGGGGAUGGGGAGGCAUGGAUGGUAG